GAAGACGAGUUUUGUCGCAUUGCAUUCUGGUUCUUGUGGUCCGUUUCCUCUAUUGUUGUCUUCUCUGCAGAGCUUCAGCUCUAACUGCUCUGCCUCCACAACAAUGAUGUCUUCGGGCAGCACACUUUCACAGACUCCUGAAGCUGGAAGCGGAGGAAACAAGAGGGUCCCGUGUCCGUUGCACGGCUGUAAGCGGGUUUACUCAGACCCGACCUCUCUGGAGAGCCACAUCAAGGACCAUGAGGUGUCUGCUGAGUCCCUCCCAGGAAAGGUGUUGCUGUGCUCCACUGUCGGCUGCAGCGGUUCCUUCCCCAACAUGCAGAAACUGAUGGAACAUAUGAGGCAUCACCACAAACCCAACAUAUUCUUCCUGUGUGAGAGCUGUCGCACAAAGCUGCGUUCCUACCGUGGCCUCCUGACUCACCUGCACACCUGUUCCAAAGUGCCACGGGGCAAACCAAAGUCGACUGAGCUGACUGCUGCUGUGACCAACCCAAACAUGACCCCCAUGGACGUGGACCAGAAGCCCCCUCCAUGGCUGGACUCAAUGUCUACACCGCAGCAACUACCCCCUCAAAUCCCAACCCCAGAGGGUUCCCUCCUCGCUGCUGUUCUUAAGCCAGACCCCGAUGUCCCCCCUGUCCUCAGUCCCCCCUUCUUGUCUAACCCGGUGACCUCCCCUCCCCAGCUUGCUCCCCCGCAGCUCGCAGAGGCAGCUGCUCCCCAGCCUCAGCUCAAGAGCGAACCCUCCGCCGUGCCUGUAUCUUUAAACCUGGGUGGCCCAACAGCAGCUCCCGACACCCCUGAUGCCCAGGCUCAGCACCUGACACAGACCAGACCCCCUGAGCUCGUCCACCCUGCUCCAGGAUCAGCUCCACGCUCUCCUCCUGGGACCACAGCUGUCUGGAAGAAGAAUCAAGGUAUGUCCUGCAACAGACGCGUCCUUUGGGAGCACACUAGAGGGCGCUACACAUGUGUGCAGUGCGGCCACACGACAACCAACCGUAAGGAAAUCACUCAACACAUCAACGCUAAACACGGCGGUAACAAACCUGCAGAAGACACAGGGAGCUCUGGUGGUGCUACUAACACAUAGCAGAAAGCAGGAAGACGCAUUUACUGAAUUGUGCAUUGUGGAGGCGUAUGUUGUGUAUUUGUGUCCUCAAGAACUCCUCUUCUGUUGAUAGAAGUUUCUGUCAAGGGUUUAUGUUUAAUACACGUUUAUUCUGAGUGAAGAGCCUGCAGUAGUGUCUUAAUCAUUUCACAUUACUCUAUCCAUUUCCACAAAGACUUAACAAAUGAGUUUUUGCCUCCUGGCACACAUACAAAGACUUUUCAAUAAAUAUUGGGAGUACUGGAUCUCUCA